CGUAGAUAACAUUAAUGUAUUUGUUUUUGGCUGUACCAAACCAUCAGAGAUAGCUGCCACUUGUGUUGAAAAAAUUCGAUUUAAUCAUAUUUAUACAUCUACAUAAUGGAGGCCUUUAAGACCAACGAAAUAGUUCCCGACGUUAUUAGCACAGUUCCUGCCAAAGUCCUAUCUGUGAGAUUCAAAUCAGGAAAGCAAGUCAACCUAGGUGAAGAAAUCCAGCCGAAAUAUGUUACUGAGUCGCCUGAAGUACAAUAUGACUCGGAUCCUAACAGCUUUUAUACGUUAGUUUUUACUGAUCCAGACGCACCCAGUAGAAAGAAUCCUAUUCGCAGGGAAUGGCAUCACUGGCUGGUAGUGAAUAUCCCAGGCUCCAAAGUCUCAGAAGGCGAAGUUUUAAGCGAAUACAUAGGUUCAGCACCUCCGCAAGGUUCCGAGUUGCACCGUUACACUUUCAUUCUCUACAAACAACCCCAAAAGUUGUCGUUCGAUGAACCUCGCCACAGCAACACUGAUCCUGCUCGUGGCAACUUCUCCACGGAGAAGUUCGCUCAGAAGUACAACUUAGGAAGUCCUGUUGCUGGCAACUUCUACUUUGCGCAAUGGGAUGAAUCCGUGCCAAUCUUGAGGAAGAAACUUGGCUUUGAUUAGUUUAAACUGUAGUGUAAUGUCAUUAGAGUAGUUAUUCAAAUAUAAUUAGUUCUGAUGUAGAAUGUUUCUUCAAAAAUA